AUGGUAGAAUCAAUAUACCUACCUCUUUACCAUCAUCCAGACUCGGACUUUAAAGCCGAGGGAAUAGGGAAACCAUAUCCCUAUCGUGCUCCCGCCAAAGUGCCCCUCUCUAGAGCUCUCACCAACAAAAACGCAACUAUCCCGAUACUGAACAUCCAAGGGCCUGAAUGGGAUAUCGAGCCGCAUAGGGCGUUAUAUAUCAACGAGAUAUUAGAACAUAUCCUAUCAUUCGUCGUUGAUCACCAUUUGAUGACAACUAAAGAAGAAAAUUAUUCUUGCAAAGAUUCGGAUGGAUUCUGGGAUCUCAUUAGGUCUUGUCGAAUGGUGAAUAAGCGUUGGAAAAAGUUAAUCGAUAUCUCGCCCACUCUACAAAAACAAAUUUGGUUGUUAAAACAAUAUAGAAUUCAAGAACGGAUUGUCGGACCAGCAGGUCUCAUUUCUGCCCUUGAGGCGAGCUCCAAACUCUUUGUUAAAGAACUCAAGUUGGAGGAAGAGAGGCCAAGGAUAACGCUCUGCUAUCCCUUUCUCGCGUGGUUAUUCCGCACCAUCCGAGAACUGACAAGAAUUGAAGUAGAAAGGUGCAUCGAAAAUAGUACUGAUGAUAGUCAAAUUGAUUUAGAAGACCUUAAUAUUGAUUGGCGUCAAGUCAAGGAGCGUUUUGCUCUUUCGAGAUUUCCGAAUGUCUUCUUUACCGACCCUCCAAUCUCUGAAGCUAGAUUGCAUUUCGAUACCAACCAUCCCAUCGUGUGGCCAACAGCGACGAGUGGGUCGACUACUUUGACACUCGGGGAGAUGGAGAUCGUGAAUGGUCAUGGUGUUUCGAUCCGCGGAGUCAGGUGUAUCUCUUCGGUCCGCCCGGACGGAAUACUUCGUAAUGGAGUUCUUAUUUCGAAUAAAAAGGGUGUCACGCUGCACGAUAUCAUCUACGCAUUCGACGAGUAUAUAAAGAUGGCAACAGACCCGGAAUGCUGGUGGAAUAAGGGAAAAACUACCCCGUGGCAGUUAAGGUGGCUUAGUGUCGGAACCGUUACGAUGUACCCGGAGCGGGAGGAUUCUACGGUCAUUGGUGCUUGUGAGGUCCAUGGGGUUUUUGACCUGGUGGAAAUGGAUGAGCACGAUCGGGACGAGUUCAAAAUUUAUGAUUUAACUAUUGAAGAAAAAGUAGAGAAAAAAUCCGAACAAUAA